AAUUCAGUUUCCAUCCUUUGCAGAUAGUAACUAACUGUAGUCAGUAGUGUAGUGACUUAAAAUGAGGGCAGUGCUCGCGUCGAUGUGGCCGUUUCCAGUCUCCCAUCAUCGAGUUCCCACCAAAACCCAUUUGCAUUUGCACCACCGUUUUCCUUCUUCCUUCAAUUCCUCCACAACGUUCCCCAACAAAACCGUAGUCUUUGGCGUCAACCCCAGCGACUCCAAAGACCCUCCCUUCUUCGACGAAAAUGGCGUCGUCAAUGAUAUGGAGGGCUACCUCAAUCACCUCUCCCUCGAAUACGACUCUGUCUGGGACACCAAACCCUCUUGGUGUCAACCCUGGACAAUAGCGCUCACGGGGGUAUCAGUUAUUGCCAUUAGCUGGUUAAUUUUGCAUUCUGUCCUAGUUACCUCACUCGUAUCCUCACUAAUAUGUGCAUGGUGGUACAUCUUCCUCUAUUCUUAUCCCAAGGCAUAUUCAGAGAUGAUUGCUGAGCGCAGAGAAAGAGUUACAAAUGGUGUUGAAGACACAUUUGGUCAAAGGAAGAAUAAAUGAUUUGUAUUAUUCUUACUACUCGGUUCCCCCUCUCUCACUCUCUGCCUCUGCUUGUAUUUUAAUGUUCAAUUUUCAGAAUAUUUCUUGUUGAGGCCUUCAUUCAUAAUACUGCCAAUUGGCUUGGAGAUCAUAGGGUGACGUGCACAAGUCUUGACAACUAGCACUCUGUGUAUAAUAAAUAUUUGAUCUUGUCUUUACACACUGGGGCCGUACGUGUGAAAAUUGUAUAAUACUAGUAGAUAGCUUAUGCUUUGGUUUGGUUGAAUUAA